CAGUGCUCCCAGUGCUCCCAGUUACCCCAGCUCCAUCCCUGCCCCCCAUCUCUGCCCACUGGGCACUUGUCCCUGGCUGGGUUAACUGGGAGCACUGGUGUGCAGGCGCUGGAGUAACUUGGGAUGCUGGUGCCGGGCUGGGCUAACUGGAGGCCACUGGUGGGAGGAACUGGGUGCAGGGCACUGGGACCACUGGGACACCCCUGGGACACCCUCUGGACCCUUUUCCAGGCGGGAAAACCAAGGGAGGGCCAUGGUGGGAAUUCCCAGUGUCCUGCACCGGUGCCAGGGGGUGGGACACGGGUGUGUCCAGAUGUGCCCUGUCCAUGUGUCCCCCAUCCCUGUCCCCAGCCCUGUCCUCCAUCCCUGUCCCCAGCCCUGUCCCCAGCCCUGUCCCCAGCCCUGUCCCCCCAGCCCUGUCCCCCAUCCCUGUCCAUGUGUCCCCCAGCCCUGUCCCUCAGCCCUGUCCCCCAUCCCUGUCCCCCCAGUCCCUCGUGGGGCUCUCGGGGCCGCAGGAAACCGUCGCGAGCAGAGGAAGCGGCAGAACCCAAACCACACGUCACGUGCUGAGCCCGCCCGGCCCCCACACGACAGAGAGAGGGGAGGGGGGAACACGGCCUGGACGGGACCCCCCGGAGCUGUGGGACACUGAGGGACACGGUGGGACACGGCAGGACACGGUGGGACACGGCAGGACACGGUGGGACAUGCCGGAGGAUGCCGGAGGUGGGAGGAUGGAGGAGGCGGUGGUGAAGCAGGGGGGGAUCUACCUCCAGCUCCAGCAGACCUUCGGCAAGAAGUGGAAGAAGUUCUGGGGAGUCUUGUACCGGGAGAGCUCCUGCUCCACGGCCCGCCUGGAGCUGCUGGAGGGCUCAGGGCCGGGGGAGAAGGCCCGGAAAGGCGAGGGGAGCAAGAGGCUGGUCCGGCUGAGCGACUGCGUGCACGUGGCCGAGGCGGGGGGCGAUGCCACCUGUCCCAAGGACACCGUCCCCUUCCUGCUGGAGACCACGGACAGGCGCUUCCUCCUGGCUGCCGACGGCGCCGAGGCGGCCGACUGGAUCCAGAGGCUGUGCGAGCUGGCAUUCCCGAGGAGCAGGGAGGAGCAGGCAGCAGGCAGGGACGGCCCUCAAAGCUCACUGGGCACUGAUGGAGAGUUCUCCAUGGAGGAAAACUCCCUGUACAGCUCCCGGGGCAAAGCCGGCCUGGAGCAGGACUUCGAGGUGACGGUGAGGGCCACGCAGUCGUCGCAGCGCUGCCGGCUCUGGGGCCGCUGCAUCCUGCGGGCUGGGGAGGAGGCGCUGGAGCUGCGGCACUUCCAGAGCUCGGAGCUGCUCUACAGUUGGCCCUACCGCUUCCUCCGGCGCUUCGGGAGGGACAAGGUGACAUUCUCCUUCGAGGCCGGCCGGCGCUGCACCUCCGGGGAGGGCAACUUUGAGUUCGACACCCGCCAGGGCAACGAGAUCUUCCAGGCCAUCGAGUCAGCCAUUGAUGCCCACCGGGGCCGGGGGGGCCCUGGGGAAGAAGCCCCCCGGCCCCUUGGCCACUCCAGGACGCCCAGCUGGGCGCAGGGGCACGAGGAGCCCGGCGGCCCCAAGGAGCCCGCCCGCGAGGGGAAGGUGCCCAAAGCCAAGCCCCCCGUGGUGAUGCCCCCCCUCAGCGGCUGCUCCGGGGCUGGGGAGCCCUCCCGAGGGGCUGAUUAUCCCUACGCCGAGCCCUGCGAUUCCCUCCUGCGCGGGAAACCCGCGGUGCCAGGGAAGAGCUGGAAGCAGGAUGCUCCGGCCAGGCCGGAGUGCGAGUACGCCGUGCCCUUCGACACCAUCGCCAAAGCCCUCCUGGCCCGCCAGUUCGGCGGCCUGGGGGGCCCCGAGGGGGGUCCCGACCCCCCCUACAACCCCAGGGAGCCCGGGGGGGGUCCCCAGCAGCCCCCCCAGCAGCCCCCCCCGCGCCCCACGGCCGCCAAGCCCGAGCACAUCUACGACGAGCCCGAGGGUCUCUCCGCCCUGGCCGUGUACGACGAGCCCGAGGAGGUGAAGGGCGAGGCGUGGAGGCUGCAGGCGGCCCCCGAGGAGCCCCCCGGGCACGAGCAGCCCUACAACCCCCAGCGGGACGACUACGCCGUGCCCAAGAGACCCGUCCCGCUGCGCCAGCCCUUCCUGCUGCAGGGCAAGGAGUGGCUCGGCGACACCGAGUACGACAACGUGGCCCUCAAGGUGGCCAAGAAGAGGAACCUGCAGUGAGCGGGACGGGGAGCAGAGGAGGAAAGGACCCGCCCCCGGCUGUCCCGGGCAGAGUUAUCCCGACCCCCGCAGAGCUGAGACCCCUCCCAGCUCAGCGCACCCGCGGCUUUGGGGGGGACGGGCAUCCCUGAGGAGCGGCGGGGGCACAUCUGGGCAGUGCUGGGGCACAUCUGGGCAGUGCUGGGGCACAUCUGGGCAGUGCUGGGGCACAUCUGGGCAGCGGCAGGGGCACAUCUGGGAAGCUCUGGAGUUGCGAUGCGCCCACUGGAGGGCAGUGCGAGCCCACUGUACAACAGCCCGUGCCCACCGUACAACAGCCCGUGCCCACCGCUGUGGUCCCCCCGCGGCCCCGGGUGCCAAAUCCCGCCCCUCGUCCCGCUCAAAGCUCGGGAAUACCAGCUCUGCCCCGCACGGACCCCCGCGCACCCCUCCAGAGGCAGCGGGAGCAUCCAUGGGCCUGGGAUGCUCAGCCUGUGCCGGCUGGGGAUGCACAUCCCACACCUCGGGAUGGACAAUCCCCAGGGAUGCACGUCCCGCCCCCGAGAGCCCCCGUGCCCACACGCAGCCCCCCAGUGCUCCCAGUGUGCACCAGUGGCCGUGGCAGGGCUGGGCGCUGUGCCCGUCUGACGGUCCUGCCACAUCCUCCCUCAGCACCAGCAGGGCCAUAAACUCCUGCUGUUUCAGCCGCGUUUUUAUUUUUAAUUCCUUUUAUAAACCCACUUUCCAGCCCCUCUGAGUUAUAGACGGAACACUCGGCUUCAUUGUCACGGAGAUUUUCGUGGCUGGCUCUGCUCCUCCCAGUAGGGACCAGUAUGUGGCUGGACACAGCCUGACUUGCUCUGGGUCCUCCUCCUCCUCCUCCUCCUCUUCCUCCUCCUCCUCCCAGUCACCUCCAGCCCUGCCCAGCCCUUCCUUGGGCAGAUCCAGCCCCUCAGCCCAGCACCAUCCCCAAUUCCGUGAAUUCACCCAUGGUGAAUUCCGUGUUUCCCUGGCACAGGCCGCUCUCCCAGGGCUGUGCCAGGCUCUGUCUGUGCCCAUCACGCCACCCAGACCACCCUGGAGCCCACCAGCUCCACCAGCACCCCAGAGGGACCUCGGGAGCCACUGCCAGUCCCUCCCCAUCCCAUCAGCUCCAGUCCCUCCCCAUCCCAUCAGCUCUUUUCCAGGGAAGGCAAAGACAAGCCAUGAAUUAUUCAUCAUCUCUUCCAAUCAAAGCAACGGCUCAGGUGCUUCAGUUAAUUUCCUGGAUCCUGAAAAACCCGAAGUGCGGAUUUUAAUAGGGCAAAUUAAGUGCUUUUCUUAUUGCACCCUGAUUAAAGCUCCGUGUCCAUCGAUCCGUCGUGGAUCGGAGGGGAUGGGACACACGGGACACUCGGGACACUCAGCCUUGGGCUCCAUCACCUGCUCCAGGUGGGAUCCCACGGGGGUGCUCCAGGUGCAGA